GUGACGUGCGCAUGCGCUAGGUGUGAAGAGGAAGGAAACAUGUCGGUAGAAGACCCAUUUUUCGUUGUGAAGGGGGAGGUGCAGAAGGCCCUGUCUCGAGCUCGGGGCCUGUUUGAUAGAUGGGAGGAGCUGUUGCAGGAGGGGACACAGGUGAGUCGAGAUGAACUAGACUGGAGCGCCAACGAACUGAGAAACUGUCUGAGGGCCAUAGACUGGGACCUAGAGGACCUCAGUGAAACCAUCAGCAUCGUGGAGUCAAAUCCAGGGAAGUUCAGACUGGGUGAUAAUGAACUUCAGGAGAGGAAAGAUUUUGUGGAGCGAACCAGGAAGUCUGUCCAGGACAUGAAGGAUCAGUUGUCCAGCCCUUCUGCUGUGGCUCAGGCAGAGAAGAAGAACAGACAGGCUCUGCUGACUUCAUCGGGCCAGGACAGGUCGACAGGAUUGGAGGCUCAUCUGGUGUCUGCAAACUCCAGAUACAUCCAGGAGCAGCAGGAGCAACAGCAGUUGAUCGUGCAGGAGCAGGAUGAGCAGCUGGAGUUGGUGUCGGGCAGUAUCAGAGUCCUCAAAGACAUGUCUGGACGGAUCGGAGACGAGCUCGAUGAGCAGGCCGUGAUGUUGGGGGAUUUUGGAGAUGAGAUGGACCAGACAUCGUCCCGCAUGGACUCUGUGCUGAAGAAGCUGGAGAAAGUGUCUCACAUGACCAGCAGUCGGAGACAGUGGUGUGCCAUCGGUGUCCUGGUCGCCAUCCUAAUCGUGGUCCUCAUCCUCUUCUUCGCACUCUGACAUAAGCAGUCUAUGACCUCUCGACCCCGUUCACAGACUCCUCCCUGUCUGGAUGGCUGGACGGUUACAGAGCCCCUCCCAUCACUCCCUUUCUUCGUGCUGAGGGGAAGCUGAUCUGCAGGCUAUAGCGAGGAUGGAUCCUCCACUCCACUUCAGCCAUUCUAGUGGGGAGGGCGCUGCUGGUCUCUCAUCAGCACAGUUUAACACGGGGAGGGGGGGAGGGGGGACCCUGGUGGUAUUAUGUCUUUUAUUUUGAUGCAUUUUGGUUAUCAUUGGAGUUAAAGGUACUCGGGGAGGACUGCUCCUGUUGGGUUAAAAUCACAAAUCUGCUAAAGUUCGCUUCGUUUUAAGCCAGCAGCAGUAUCAUGGGGGAGGAUUUUCAGUGUUGCCUUAAAUCUAUUUUUAUACCAUGUUGAAAUGUGCAGUUUGUUUGUGUGCCGAGAUGUAAAUCAUGCUGGGAACUUACUCCUUACUAGCAGUAAUCAGCAUCGGGCAGGUGUGCAGGUUUUCCCUCCACUGAUGAAGAGUUUAGUAAAAAGUGCUGCUGAACUGUGUGUGUGUGUGUGGGGGGGGGAUCUUAUGGAUCCUGGUUUUGCCUGUCAGAUUCAUUCCGAGUGUCUUUUACUCAGCAGACAAAUGAUUCAUUUCCUGCUCUGAUAGUGAUCUGCCACAGAGAGGCAAAGGCCACCUUCCUUCACACCCCCGCAGACAUUUGAGCACACGAUUGGCUAAGGCUUUGUUACCCUCACUGGGUGAAGAGAGAAAACCUUGGCUUCAAGCGAAUGGCUCUGCCUCUUUUUUUUAUUGAAAAGCUUCAGCUAAUGAGCAGAGGAAUAGUUGCUGGGCAGGAUGUCCCCACACAGCCUAGAUUUAGGCUUAGAGCUCCCUCUGCUGGAGCCUGAGGCUCAUUUCUAUUCUUUUGUGUCACGUCAGGCAGCACUACCCACACUGAGGUGUGUUGCAGCGCUGUGUAAAUGCUUCGACUUGCUUUUUGUGUGUAAAUGGAAAUUAUUCUUGUACAAAGCAUCCGAUUUUUAAUCCUGUGUGAUCCAGAUAUCUUCACUCAAGCUUUAAUCACCCAGUUACAGAGAAAAUGAACUCUUUGUUUUGUAGGUCAGAGGUCAGGUGCCUUUGCCUGUUGCAGGAGUGGGUAAGGCUGAAAGCAUCUUUACUGCCAGAGCUUUGUGUAAGUUAAUGUGAGCUCUUGUCCCAACUUCAGAAGGGCAAGUAGCUCAAAAACCGGGAAACGUGUCAGUCUGAAACAACACGGAGGCGUUUGAAUGUAAAGGCACAAGAAGAGAACAGAGAGCGUCCGUUUACUGUUUCACUUAAACCUGGGAAUUGUUUUUACAUGAUUAUAAUGUAACGGCACAUCAGACACGUGCUUGACAGGUUUCAUGAAGUGAUGGUGCUGAAUUGAUUGCAAAGCUGAUUGUGCAAUUACAGCACUCAGUGUGUUGGUCAUUGUUAACUAAUCUGAUCUGUGCAAACUGAAGUAUUAGAUGAUCACUCCCACCGAUCCUGGUUUUUAAAGCUGGGUUAGGUGAUAUGGUUUUGGUUCAUUACUCCAAAAUAACUGUACAGCGUAUUAUAACUUGCAGGUAGUCAGAGAAGAGACUGGACCCAUGCACGUCCUGUAGAUGUGUUUUGUGCCAUCAGGACACACGGGGGUAGAGAAGUGAGGAAAGGGACAGGAGGAAUGAAAUCUUCUGUGUUGGAAGUGGAAUGUGGUGGACUCCUGUUGUCUUGUUUUUAACCCAAAUGAAGCGCACACACCCGUGUGCCUCUGGUGGGAGGGGCUUUUGCCCAAUGCAGCUUUAAUGGUACUAGCAGUAGAUUAUUUCAGAUUAUAAUAACUGCAGUUAACAUCAGUGCUGAACUCCAUCUAGCACACAUUUACACUAAUCAGCCACAAUAUUAGGACCCCCUCCCUAAUAUCACAUAGACCCCCUCGUGUUGUCAAAUCAGCUCUGACUCAUCGUGGCAUGGACAACGGGAGUCUGGGGGAUUAGGAUCUGGGGAGAUUGAGCUCUAAGUCACUUUUUGUUGCCUUCUCAGAGUAUCAAAAGGUGGAUGGCACGAGUUAAAAUAUCAGCCACACGAGCAGCAUGGCUAAAGGUUUAAACACGAUUACGUCAGUGAUUUUUACUAACCUUCGGUUCAAAACUGCUAAUGAAAGUAAAUAUUCAAAGUGCCAAAGGUCCCAUUUGUAUUUAUUCUGUGUGAAUGACCAGCUAUUACAACAAGUAUGUUUUGGAUUUUUGGAUGUAAAUGUGUAAAAUACAGUACUGGAGCCAUCGCGUUUUUCACACAUGAUGUUUGAGUAUGUCAUUGUGUUUUUACUGCCUCUGCUUACAAAAAAAAAAAGGGCAACAUUGGUGACAAAGUGUAAACUUUUCCUGUCAUAUACACUAUAUGUGAAGAACAAGUGAAGGGAAAAAGCAAACUGCAUAAAGUGACUCACACAAUUGUUCUGUUACUGGCAUCCAGAGAUUUUUUUUAAAUUGCUGAUUGUGGUUAUAAGUUUCAUUAAACUUGAAAUGACCGAAUAA